UAUUACCUGGUCAAGUGGAUCACCUGGAAGGGCAAGAAGACGCCCAUUAUCACGCAGAGCGACAACGGACCCUGCCCUCUGCUGGCCAUCAUGAACAUCCUCUUCCUGCGCUGGAAGGCAAAGCUUCCCGCUCAGACUGAAGUUGUCACCACAGAGGAACUGAUGACUCACUUGGGCGAGUGUGUGCUGUCGGUGACGCCGAGAGAAAAGACGACCGGGAUGCAGCUCAACUUCCAACAAAACAUGAGCGACGCCAUGGCGGUGUUGCCCAAACUUUCGACGGGCCUCGACGUCAACGUCCGCUUCACGGGCGUCACGGACUUCGAGUACACGCCCGAGUGCAUCGUUUUCGACCUGCUGGACAUUCCGCUCUACCACGGCUGGCUGGUGGACCCCCAGAGUCCGGAGAUGGUGGCCGCCGUGGGGAAACUCAGUUACAACCAGCUGGUGGAGAAGAUCAUCGAAUACAAACACUCGACCGAUAGCGUUCAAGUCAGCGAAGGUCUGGCGGCGGAGCACUUCCUGGAGACGACGGCCACUCAGCUGUCCUAUCACGGUCUCUGCGAGCUCAACGCAGCGGCCAAAGAAGGAGAAACUUGCGUCUUCUUCCGGAACAAUCACUUCAAUACCAUGAUCAAACACAAGGGCCACCUGUACCUGCUGGUGACGGACCAGGGCUUCCUGUGCGAAGACGGUCUGGUGUGGGAGUCCCUGCACAACGUGGAAGGAGACGGAAACUUCUGCGACUCCAACUUUCGCCUGUGCCACCCUCCUCAGAGGCUGGCGGCGGCUUCCGGAGGCCUCUCGCCGCCCGGCGACCAAAAACAGCGGCGCCAGAUCGACCAGGACUACCUGGUGGCGGUCUCCUUGCAGCGGGAGAAUGGCAGAGAGCCCGCCGGGAACCUCAGCGACCUGGAGUUGGCUCGACAGCUGCAACAGGAAGAGUACCAACAACAGCAACAGGGGCCGCAGCAGGCAACCGCGCAGGUCAGAGGUCAAGGCUCGCAGCAGAGCACAGCCAGGAGAAGAGAAAAAGACUCCGACUGCGUCAUCCUUUAA